AGAGUAUGAUAAUCUCAAAGGCAGCCUCAAGUCUUCCAAUGAGCUGUGUGAGAAGCUGAAGAGAGAAGUGCUGUCCUGUAACAACAAGUUGCAGAAAGCUGCAUGUGAGGUGAAUCGAACCGAAGAGGACAUGAAGUCUUUGCAGAAAGACCUGACCAGUGCUGACAAAGAGAUCUCAAGUCUCAAGAAAAAGGUGGAGUUUCUUCAGAAGACUCUGAGCACGCCAACGCGCACAAACGAAGCCCUCAGUCGUCUCGUCUUUGAAAGCCCGGCUCCGGUGGAACUGAAGCCGCCGCGCCUCCACCAGCCUGCAGGUAACGACGACAUUGAUCUCAACAUGACGUAUGACAUCACAACUCCAGACAACACGACCCAGAGACCAACGCAGAUCCCAUCGAAGAAGCUGCGUCGUGACUCCCCUGUAACGAAACAUAGUGAGAAGUGUCCACCUGUGAGCAGGCCUCAAGAUGAAGAUCCAGUCCUGAGUCCGUUCCUGAGGAACUCGCUUCUCUUCAGAAAGAAGACUUUUGGCAGCAUGUUGGACCCUCAGAGGAAGUCUGGACUCGUUCGAAGUGGUUUUGAUGGAUUUGGAGGAAGAACUAAAUUCAUCCAACCUUCUCCUUUAUCUGAGAUUCGGCCCCUGAUCAAAACUAAAAGGAAGAAGGUGACCCGGCCGCCCUCCAAGUGUCUGACUCUGGAUGGCUUCCUGGAGUGAACGUCGGAGGUGGCGGUUCCUCGUGUGAAGGAACGUAGCGAUGCUGCUGUUUCACACAACCAG